AUGACCGAGCGACACCGGGCCGGCCGAGAGGCCGACGCGGCGACAACAAAAAUAUCAACGCCAAGACGACGGAACGGGGUUACGCACCUAAUCGGGAACAAAGAAUCCCGCACGGAGAGCCGCACGGGAGCCGAGACACGGCAGAACAUACACCGUAGGAAGAAACAUCCCAACAGGGACAGCAGAACCCCGACAAGCCGGUCCGAUCCGUUCCCCUCCGAGCCGAAGCUCGGCGUACUAAGAAAGGACAGGCCGGCCGAGAUGCCGCCGUGCCGCUGCCAAGACAUUCCCACUGCGGAGAUGCCGACCGGGCCGACCGGCCCGAGGAAGCCGAGGACUUCUACGGACAGCCACCAUCAGCUUACGUAA